GCCGCGCCCAGCCUCGCCGCAGCCGCCCCGGGACCUGCCGCGGCUUUUUGUUCCUCGGCCCUCGCCGAUUCGCGGAACCCCGGGAGCCGCGCCCCCGGCCCGCCGGCCAGCCCCAGACCCCGCGUCCCAGCCGGCAUGGAGACAGUGGAGAAAGAGUGCGGGGCCCUGGGGGGCCUCUUCCAGGCCAUCGUUAAUGACAUGAAGAGCUCCUACCCCAUCUGGGAAGACUUCAAUUCAAAGGCCACUAAGCUGCACUCUCAGCUCAGGACCACCGUCCUGGCCGCAGUCGCUUUCCUGGAUGCCUUCCAGAAAGUGGCCGACAUGGCCACCAACACCCGAGGGGCCACAAGAGACAUUGGCUCAGCCCUCACCCGGAUGUGCAUGCGUCACCGAAGCAUUGAGACCAAGCUUCGGCAGUUUACCAAUGCCCUGUUGGAAAGCCUCAUCAACCCCCUGCAAGAGAGGAUUGAGGACUGGAAAAAAACCGCCAAUCAGCUCGACAAAGACCAUGCAAAAGAAUACAAACGGGCUCGCCACGAGAUCAAGAAGAAAUCAUCAGACACACUAAAACUGCAGAAGAAAGCCCGAAAAGGGAAAGGGGACCUGCAGCCGCAGCUGGACAACGCCCUGCAGGACGUGAACGACAUGUACCUGCUGCUGGAGGAGACGGAGAAGCAAGCCGUGCGCCGGGCGCUCAUCGAGGAGAGGGCUCGGUUCUGCACCUUCAUCACCUUCCUCCAGCCCGUGGUGAACGGAGAGAUCACCAUGCUGGGGGAGAUCACCCACCUACAGGGCAUCAUUGAUGACCUGGUGGUGCUGACGGCCGAGCCCCAUAAGCUGCCGCCAGCCAGUGAGCAGGUAAUCAAAGAUCUGAAAGGCUCCGACUAUAGCUGGUCAUACCAGACUCCGCCAUCUUCCCCCAGCAGCUCUGGCUCUCGCAAGUCCAGCAUGUGUAGCAGUGGGAACAGUGCAAAGGGUGGCGGCCCGUGGCCUGGCGGGUCCCAAACAUACUCACCCAGUUCCACCUGUCGCUACCGCAGCCUGGCGCAGCCAGCUAGCACCAGUACCCGCCUCUCCAGCGUCUCCUCCCACGAUUCCGGCUUCAUCUCCCAGGAUGCCGUGUACUCCAAGCCGCCGUCCCCGAUGCCCUCGGACAUCACCAGCCAGAAGUCCUCCAGCUCGGCGUCCUCCGAGGCCUCGGAAACCUGCCAGUCAGUUAGCGAGUGCAGCUCCCCCACUUCGGAUUGGUCCAAGGCCGGGCCAUAUGACCAGCCAACGGCAACCACUCUCCAGAGGAGGAAGGACCGAGUAGAACAUCUGAGGGAAGCAGAAGUGGGCCCGGGCAGUGGAGGCUACCCCAGCAUCGGUGGGGAGGAGGCACCCCGACCCAGGAUGUCCCCUGCAACCAUCGCAGCUAAGCAUGGUGAAGAGGUCUCUCCUGCUGCCAGUGACCUGGCCAUGGUGCUGACCCGUGGCCUGAGCCUUGAGCACCAGAAGAGCAGCCGGGACUCCCUGCAAUAUUCAAGUGGCUAUAGCACCCAAACAACCACCCCUUCCUGUUCAGAGGACACCAUCCCCUCCCAAGGUUCGGAUUACGACUGCUACUCAGUGAAUGGGGAUGUGGAAGGCGAGGGCCAGAGCGAGUUCGACAAGUCUUCCACCAUCCCCCGAAACAGCAACAUCGCCCAGAACUACCGCCGGAUGAUCCAGACCAAGCGGCCGGCCUCCACGGCCGGCCUGCCCACGGGCAUGGCUCUGCCCUCGGGGGCCCCUCCGGGCGUGGCCACCAUCCGCCGCACGCCCUCCACCAAACCAUCCGUGCGCCGCACUCUCUCCAACGCCGGCCCCAUCCCCAUCCGCCCGCCGAUCGUCCCGGUGAAGACGCCCACGGUGCCCGAUUCGCCCGGUUACGCGGGCCCCACGCGGGUGGGCAGCGAGGAGUGCGUCUUCUACGCCGAUGACGCCUCCUCUCCCCACGCGCCCGAUUUCGCCAAGGCCUCCCCGAAGCGGCUGAGCCUCCCCAACACUGCCUGGGGCAGCAGCUCCCUGGAGGUGGCCGGCUACCCGGGGGCCGGACAGUCUCUCUCAGCGGAGGAGGCCGAGGAAGAGCAGCAGCUGGCAGCCAACCGCCACAGCCUGGUGGAGAAGAUCGGGGAGCUGGUGGCGGGCGCCCACGCUCUGGGAGAGGGCCAGUUUCCCUUUCCCACUACCUUAUCCAGCACCUCAGGGGAAGAGACGCCUCUCCCACCCCCCGCCGCUUCCAGCGACCCUCCCGCGGAAGACAUGCUGGUGGCCAUCCGGCGCGGGGUGCGGCUGCGAAGGACCAUCACCAAUGACAGAUCCGCUCCCCGCAUCUUGUGAUCUUGCUGCCCCCUCCCCGCCUCCCAACUAAGGGAGCCCUCGGGGUCGGACUGAGCAGCUGGGGCCACGGGAGAGAGGAGUUAGGAGAGAAAAACAAUCGGGAGCCACGUUCAGUAAAAAGGAAAAACAGUAAAGGAGAGAAAAAGAAAAGUUAAAAAAAAAAAUACAAGGCAAAGCCACUUUAUGGAUAGAGACAGAAUUUAGAUUUACAAAUUUAAACAAGAAAAAACUUCUUUAACAAACCUUGGAAAGGUGGAGCCAUUAGGCCUUGAACUCUCCUGGAGUCUCUUUCGUACUCUGUCUCAGCCCCCUCUGUUUCCUUCUCUUCUUCUCCUUGCCAGCCCUUGCCUUCUGCACAUCUUGCCCCUUCCUAGUGAGUGGUGGGGAAAGGUGUCCCUGGCCAGCCAUGGGUCAGGGAAGAUGCCCAGCCAGGCCUGGGAGCAGCAGCUCACACACCCCCAUCCACACUCACUUACACACUCACUCACACACACACUCACUCAGCACCUCCUACAAAGGAAGGAAAUGACCCUGGGCUUUCUCGAACUCCUUGUGUCCGUCUCACCGUCCUCCGGCCGAGGCACGGGGACCUAGUGUGAGCAGCUGCUUGGUUCCUCCCUGUCCUGUUCUUGCCUUUCUCCUUUGUUCCUUCCCUCCUUCUCAAUGUCUCUGCUCUCUGCGUUAGCCACGAUGGCAGGACGAGGCCGGUAGCACUUCGGAGAGCCGCGGCCCCCCGGCUGGGGUCUUGGGACUCCACAGGAGGGAGCAGCACGCUUGGCCGGGGCCCACCGGGAGUCACCGGGAGCCGGCUGUCACCCGGCCUCUGUAGCAAUAGGCCCUGCGGCCUCGGGGACCGGAGCCCCCGGCACAGGUCUGUGGGAGGGGAGUGAGCGGGAGCAGUCCGUGGUCUAGCAGGGUCAUUCCAGUUCUGCACCUUCUUCCCGCUCGUCAGAGGCAGUGGUGGGCAGUUCUUUCUGAUGGGGAAGGUGGGAGACCUGUAGGAGCUGAGGAAAACACUGGGAAAAAGGAAAACGAUGUCCAGAGUGCCGUGGGACGCCUCGGUCCACGGGGGCGGGUGGCGACGUCUCCAGGGGAGCCAGGUCUGGUCCGAGCACCUUGUGACGGAAACUCCGGUGGCACUUUUGGGUCAGUUUCGGCCGUCCGGUCAUCCCCACGCGGGGUCGGGGGCUAGAGCUGUACAGAGGGUAUAUGUGUAGGGCGGGGUGGGGAUUAUUUUGUUAAUAUAAUAAUAAAAUGAAGGCGAUCAUACCUGGGUGAAGAUUGUGCGUGUGGAUGCGAGGCGUGUCUGUGUGAGUGUGUGACGGCUCCAAGCUGUACCUUUGCAGAGGGGCUGUGAGUGGGAGUGAGUGGGAGUGUGUGCUGUGCACACACCUGUGACAGAAGCAGCUGGGUUGUAGCCGUACGGGUCUUUGGCAGGAAAAGGGAAGUCGUGUUUGCGUUAGGAAGCCAGGGAGUGGCUGAUAUUCUCUCUCCAGUGUCUGGAGUUUGGCCCAAAUGGUCGGAAGGGCCUGGGGGUCUAAGCUGUAGACCCCCGUGUGGCCCGUGGCAGGGUUAGGGCAGCGAGGCAGGCAGAAGGGAAGGGGGGUGACUGCUGAAGGUUGGCUUUGACCCUCUGUUGCUGGAGGAGAUGCCUUCCGGGAAGACCCCCUCCGUGGGCUCUCGCCUUCCAAGCCUGUGCCAGGAAGCGGCGGGGGUGGUAGGGUGGGGGUGGCCUUCCCUGCUCCCAUACAGUGCCAAAAUGUGGGCCCUCCUGCAGGGCGGGGGCAGGGUCUCAGGCCACGGGGAGAGGGGCUGCAGGCGCCCCCCCCCUUCCUUUGUUCCACCACUCCAUAGUCUAAACAGGGUAAAAAGCAUGUGAGAUUAGGGCAAGAGGAGAGGUUCCUGUACCCAAGAGGAAAGUGUCCGAGGGGACAAGAAGGCCUUGUCCCCACCACCGCUAUCUCCCAGAGGCAAGGUGGUCAGUGGGCUUGGGAAGGCUGGUUUUUCCAUGGGUGAGCUUCACUCCUGCACCGCCCUUCGCCUUAGGAACCCAAAGACAUCUUUCUUGUGCCAUAACACAAAGGGGUCUCUGGAUUCAUGGCAGGAAAACCCGUUUCACCUGAAUUCCCUCCCUUUUCCAUUUGUCACUUCAAAUGACAUUAUCGGUGUCGGGAGCACAUUUUCUCAAGCUUCAGGGCCGGCCUUGCCAGCCCACCUUCUCAAGGGCCCCCGGAGUGUUUCUGAGCUAGAACAUAGAAGAGCUGAGGGGAGCCUCGGGCUGGGGUCCGUGAGCGGCUCAGCUUGUGGAAGAGCCGCUUCCCCUGGGGCCGGAGGCCAGUCGCGCGGUGGUGACGCUGAGUAGCGUGUCCUGAGGACGGCACAGGGACAGGGCGAGGGGGCUCCCCGGGGCAGGAAAAAGCAUUGGGCGGGGGUCGGUGAGGUUCACGUGGAAGCUGAUGGUUUGCGGUGGUGUGGGACGUGGCACGUGUGGCGGGUUUGCAGCCAGUGAGUGUGUUCGGGGUGGGAUGGGGUGGGCUAGUGUGUGUGCUGGGGGAGGGAGGGUGUAGAGGAGCAGUUUUUUGGUGUAAAAUGGUGGGAAGUGUAAGGGGUUCCCCGUCCUCUGUGCCUUCCCUUUUCCCCUUGCUUCCUUACAUGGCAGGAACGUCAUUGGACUUUUUCAGGGGCUCCCAGGGGUCUCGGUCAGAGGAUCUUUGCUGUAGCCUGUGCAAAGACCCUGGCCCCAGCACCAAAUUUUGGGUCCAAACGUGCUGGAGGAGGGAGAUUCAGGGAGGACUCUUGACUUUUGGGGUUGGGAGGGGCUCAUUCUGUGACUGGGGGAGUAGAAUUCUCAGCCAUACAAAAUUCACUGCAGAAGAGGGGAUUCCGGCUCUGACCUUGGCCUUGCGUUACUUUGCUACCCUUCGGGGUGUUCCUUGCAAUGAUACACCUUCCGGCGGCCCCCCAGCUUUCCUCCCAAAUGUCCAGGCAGCGGGAGCCCCUGCAAGGCUUCAGGUGAGGGCUCUGCUGGGAGGGCUGCCGAGCUACAGACAGCACGGAUGCUCUCUUUGCUCAUUGCAGCUUCUUCGGUAACACUUGCUCUCGCUCUUGCUCUUUGGCCCUCGCGGGCAGGAGUAAGAAAUGCUCGCUCUUCCAGGAGAACGAGAAAAGGCCCCCAUCGCCCUCCGCAUGCCAUGCUUUCUGAAGGGAGGAGACAGGACAAGCUAGAGAAGGCGAUGGGAGGGAAGGACGCGGAGCGGGACAGAAUCGGGAAGGCCGCGGGGCCUUCGAGGAAGCCCCCAAACCCUCCUCUCUAGGCUGAGCCCAUCAUAUCCCCGUUGCCCCUGGAAGCACCCUGGUGUUGUAUAUAAUGCUCCAAUUCUGCCCUUGUUUGUGGGCCCCGGCCCGGCCCUGUCCCGUCAUUAGCCAUUAGUAAUAACCACGUAGGCCCUCUCUGACUGGAGCCAACAUUACCGCCACAUAGACAAAUUUUUUUGUUUAGUUUGGGGAUUUGUUUGUUUUUAUUUUUCAUUUUGUACAGAGAAAAAUCCCUUUCAAAAGUGUCUUUCGACUGACGUAACUUUUCUGGUGCUGUUGUUAACCCGUUUCUUUUUUUUAAUUUAUUUUCCCUUUCUCCUCGUGCUCCCUUUGGCUCCCCCUCCUCCUCACCCCCAGCCCUUCUAUCCAGAUAACGUUUCUUUCCUUGGUUUGUUUGUUGGACUUUGGAUAAAUUCCCCCCUUCCCCUCCUGCCCCACCUCCGUGAUCCAGCCCUUGAGUUGAAUAGUCACUGCUACAAGUAACAAGCGCACUGUGAACACUCCAGUAUUAAUAAAAGCUGUACUGUACUUAA